AUGCUGCGCGUCACGCUGCUCUCAGGGGAGGAGGUGACGAGCCUUCCUCUCACAGAGCUGAGCGACGUGAAGGCCUUGAAGCAGCGACUGCAUCAGCAACACGGCCUGCCGCCACGCUUCAGGCAAAGGCUUCUUCAUGAGGACAGCACUUUGGGUGAUGACGUCCAGUUGGAUUCCGCGAUGGAUCUGCAGCUCUUGAUAGUGGACUUCGACAAGGGUGCCGAGGUCGUGCGGCUAGAUCUCUACGACGCAGCAGGCUUGGGCAACCUGACACAGGUCGAAAGGAUGCUGCAGCUCCCGAUGGACCCGGAUAUUUAUGAAGACGAGUUUGUCCAGGGGCAGAUUUCAAUCUUGAGUCAUGCCUCAGAGAACGGCCAAGCGGAUGUCGUGCAGUUGCUUCUCGAAGCUGGGGCUGAUAAGAAUUUGUGUGACAUGCAUGGCUGUAGCCCAUUGCUUAAUGCAGCAAAAAUCGGGCACACUCCAGUCGUGCGAUUGCUUUUGGAAGCCGGUGCCCUGGUAGAUUUGCCGAACAGCGGCGGACGCACGGCCUUGAUGUGUGCAGCCAGCGAGGGUCAUCAGGCAGUCCUCCAGCUGCUGUUGGAGGCCGGUGCUCACAAGGAUGCUCGUGACAAUCGGGGCAACACAGCGCUGAUCUAUUCGGCAAUGGGUGGUCAUGCCCGAGUCGCAGAGUUGCUGCUGGAGGCCGGCGCUGACAAG